AUGGGUGGGGCUAUUAUUUUGACCACUCCUAUUAUAAAAACUAAAACUCAGAAAAAAGAAAACUACUGUAAAAUGAAUGCCAUCAUCUCUCUCUGUCAUUUUUGUGAGUCUCACGGGCCCUCUAUACUCUUCUGUACUCAAGCUUUCCAUCAAUCCCAAGAUGCUCAGUUAUUGCACGACUCGGCCCCCCCGGGGGACUACAGGGGUCACACUAAUUCCGUCGACCCCCUGACUCAGAACCUAUCUGCCAUCGUUCAUCAGCCACCGACCGACCAAUGUGACGCGUGUCGCUCCUUGUCUCCAGGACAACCUGGUUUCAUAUCAUACGACGAAUCGACUCAAAUCACUUACAUCAGCUGUCAGCAUCCUGAACAGCAGCAGCUGUAUAGUAUACUGAGACAAGCCUGCGUCAGGAGUCUGAAUUGUGAGGUUUGUCCUGGCCGAGAAGGUCCGAUAGUUUUUGGUGAGGAUUCAUCCUGUCACACUCUCUCCCACACCUUCAAUCUCUGUGACAGACAGGCAAGAGGAUUCUCAAGACUGUAUAGCUUCAUUAUUGUUAUGAGGGAUAGGAUGUUUCUUGUGAACUCCUGGCCAUUUUUAGUGAAGCAUCUGCGGAGUCUAAUUGACAACCUUCAGAAAAAAGCUGAAAAGACUUAUUCUCUGGAAUCUGACGAGCACAAGUUAACGAGUAGCAGUAGACUCCUCCCUUCUCAUGGGGGGCGGAGACUGCUACCCAAUCAGACUUAUCGCUCUCUUGUUGAUCUAACAGGAGAUAAAGAUAUUUAUGUUUAUCUUCAUAAAUAUUUCAUAUAUCUUAUUAAAACUGGCGGAAGACGAAUGAUGGAGUGCAUUGUUGAAGGACCACCUCAAGCUAUGGCAGUUACUGAUUCAUUCAAGAUGUUAUCUGAUCAGGAAUUGAUAGAGAAGCUUGACAAAUCUUUACCGUCGGCAGAAUUCAGAGUCCUUCAACUUGAAGAUCAACCCAUUUUCAAUUCACUCAGACAUUUUGUCUCAAUUCUUGGGAGUGAAGAUUUCCCUGAGUUGGCCUAUCACAUCAUGAGAGGUGAUCAACUUAUUGUACGUGGGAACGACCCCUCUACUGUCAUGUCUGUCCUAAAUAUACUGAAGGAGUUGGUUCCGGAGAGUAUUUGUCGUAUUAUUGGAUUCAGUUCUACCUAUCAAGAGUCUUUUGUUGCUGAGUUCUUGGGUCUCUCAGUUGGUGUGAAUCUUCCGCGACAUAUCGUCGAUUCUGAACUUCAUGUACUUCUUGACAUACUCCCUCCAUUAAAGAGGUAUUAUUCAAAGUCAGCUGGGGAUCAGCCCAACAGUGUAUUGGGUGGAGCUGAUAUUGUUGAGCCACUAGAGAAGUACAAGCUGAUGGUUUACUCGGCUCAACCUUGUCUUCACGAUCAAAAAUACCCAGUUAUAAUCCGGAGGCUAAUGGCUCUACUAACUGGCGAUGGUAUAUCAGACCAGAUGGUAUCACGAGGUAUCCUAGCACUCAAAGAAGAAUGGAUGAAUAAAGUGAAGAUAUUGUACAAGUUUUCUCAGGUUUAUCCAAAAGACUCUUUGGAGAAUGAUGAAAAAUUAAAUAAAUUAGUGAAAGAAGUGUUGUUUGUAACACCUGAAGAUAUGCCAAUCUUAUUGCACUGGAGAUCAGCACUGAGGAAAGACUACAGAGCUCAUUUAUUACAGAAAUAACUUUAUUUUUAUCAUCAAUAAUAUAAUAAUAAUAAGUAUUUUAUUGUCAUUAUUAUUUAAAUUGGA